AUGGUACCUUUUCUCCAGACUCUGGUGAGCGGCCUCGCCUUGGCAGGCUCUGUCAUUGCUGUUCCUCAAAAGCAGCAUGAGGAGACAGAUACCUUGGUCGCGUCUCAGAUUCUGACCAACCCCUAUACCUAUGACUUCCCUCGUCUGGGUGCCCCUGGGGCCAAGCUCUUCGCUAUGCGCCGUUGCCACGGCUUCAAGCUGGAGGAGGCUACGGUGGAUGAGAUCCAGGAGCGUCUGACGAAUGGUACUUUCACCAGCGUUGAGCUGUUGGCUUGCUACCUGGAUCGUAUUCACCAGACGCAGCCUUAUUUGAAUGCUAUCCUGCAAUUGAACCCGGAUGCUUUCUCCAUUGCCCAGAAGCUCGAUGCCGAGCGUGCUACGGGCAAGGUUCGUGGUCCUCUCCACGGUAUCCCCUUCAUUGUCAAGGACAACAUUGCCAGUAAGGACCGCAUGGAGACCACUGCUGGUAGCUGGGCUCUGCUCGGCAGCGUUGUUCCCCGUGACUCUUACGUCGUCAACGGCCUCCGCAAGGCCGGUGCUUUGCUUCUUGGAAAGGGUGCUCUAAGCGAGUGGGCUGAUAUGCGCUCGAACAACUAUUCCGAGGGCUUCAGUGCCCGCGGUGGUCAGUGCCGUAGUGCCUACAACUUCACCGUCAACCCAGGUGGUAGCAGCACUGGCCCCGGUGUUGCUGUCGGAGCCAACCUGGUUCCCAUCGCCCUUGGAACCGAGACUGAUGGCAGUGUCAUCAACCCCGCUCAGAGAAACGCCAUCGUUGGCAUCAAGCCCACUGUUGGUCUGACCUCUCGCGCCGGUGUCAUCCCGGAGUCUCUGCACCAGGACACCGUGGGUACCUUUGGUAAGACUGUCCGUGAUGCCGUCUACGCCCUCGAUGCCAUCUACGGUAUUGACACUCGUGACAACUACACUCUCGCCCAGAAGGGUCUGACCCCCAAGGGCGGCUACACCCAGUUCCUGAGCAAGAAGGAUGCCCUCAAGGGCGCUGUCUUUGGUAUCCCUUGGGAGUCAUUCUGGGCUCUCGGCGACGCUGACCAGAUCUCCCAGCUCCUCGAGCUGGUCGAACUGAUCAAGUCCGCCGGCGCGACCGUCAUCAACGGCACCGAGCUGCCUCACUACAAGCAGAUUGUUUCGCCUGACGGCUGGAACUGGGACUACGGUUCCACCCGUGGCUUCGCCAACGAGUCCGAGUACUCUUACAUCAAGGUCGACUUCUACAACAACCUGCGCGACUACCUCUCCGAGGUCAACAACACCAACGUCCGCACCGUCGAGGACCUGGUCCAGUACAACAUCGACAACUACGGCUCGGAGGGUGGUCUCCCGGCAUCCAUCCAGCCUUCGGCUCCGGCUCUGGAGUUCUGCCAGCGCACCACCCGCGAGGAGGGUAUCGACGCUGCCCUGAAGCACGGCAACCGUACUCUGGACGGUCUUCUGGUUCCCCCUGAUGUCGCUCAGAGUAUCCAGAUCGCCGCCCAGGCCGGUUACCCCGUUAUCACCGUGCCGGCCGGCACCAGCGAUGUCUCCGGUAUGCCGUACGGCCUUGCCAUUAUGAACACUGCUUUCUCCGAGUCGAUUUUGAUUAAGUACGCCAGUGCUAUCGAGGAUUUGCAGAAGUCUUCUGGCACUAAGUGGCAACGCUCUCUGCCGGAAUGGCGCGGAUACCUCCAGCGCAACUUGCCUGUCAUCAUGUAA